GUGUCUUUCUUGCAAACUUGCAUGAUCUCUAAAGCAGUGUACCAUGGCAGCCCUUCUCUCAAGUUAUUUAUUGAAUUAAAGGCAUAAAUAAGUAAUCUCUCCUCAAAUUAGUGCUUCCCCCUUCUUUUUAAUCACAGCCAUUGACAUUUAGCAGCCUGGUGAACAUGAUGGAUGACACUUGAACUUCUUAAACAGUUGCCUACUUUAUCACAUCUGCCUACACUUCCCACUCUGCAAAGUGGAGCCUCUCAGACACCAUCUCAUGCAUUUGCAGAAUAUUGGUGCUGCUUCUUUAAAGCCAGGCUGGAUUGUCCCAAUUCUAAAUAAAAGCGGGCCUUUCUGAGGUCUAUAGUUGUGUUCAGUGACAAUCAUGUUGAUUACAUAUUCGAGGCUGUCAGUUUGGGAUAAGUACUAUUCACAUUAAUCUGGUUCUAAGUAUGUUUUUUAAGGCUAGAAGGCUGGAUUCAAAACUCUUCAUCUUCAGAAGACAUGCAGAUAUUUCCUCGACUUUUCUAAUUUAAUUCCUAGGCUACUUGUGAAUCUCUAAAACAAAUUUGAUUAAGACACACAUGGAGUUCACUUUAAUGUCAUUAGGUGCUGCAGGCUCUCAGAAAUCGAUUCGGGAAUCGGUGAUAGACAGAUGAAAACUGGCUGCAGUUCCCGUGCCCAUUUGGACUUUCACAAUCAGAGAUGGCAGCAAAGAUGACAUCAUCGGAAACUACCACGCCUUGGUCUUGUCAUCCAGUAUAUGCAAGAUACUGGCAACAUUAUUAUCAAGCAAUGGCUUGGAUGCGAAGCCACCAGAAUGCCUAUCGGAGGGCCAUGGAGUCUUAUUUCUGUUCCCCCUGGUACUUCACUCCAGGAGGUCUUCCCCAGAGCUUUUAUGCUAAGAAAGGUAGAUCUUUUCAGCCCUUCUAUGACCAUCACCUGUCCUCCAAGGACUCCCACUGUGAUUAUUCACAUUCUCCAAGGUCUGGGCAGCGUCCUCCUGACACCACAAGCGAAGACCAAUCUUGGACCACAGAAGAGGAGGCGGAGACCGACUCAGAUGAUGAGGUGGAGUGCGACCUGAGCAACAUGGAGAUCACAGAGGAGCUCCGCCAGUACUUUGCAGAGACCGAGAGGCACAGGGAGGAGCGGCGGCGGCAGCAGCAGCUGGACGCAAAGCGCCUGGAAGACUAUGUGAAUGCCGACCACGACCUGUAUUACAAGACGAGCCGCUCCAUGGAGCCCCCCUCCGAGAGCCCCAGCGAGCGGCGCCAGGCCGAGAUGAAGCGCUUGUACGGGGACAGCGCCGCCAAGAUCCAGGCCAUGGAGGCUGCCGUGCAGCUGAGCUUUAACAAGCACUUUGACCGAAAGCGGCCCAAGUACUGGCCGGUCAUUCCGCUGAAGUUCUGAGUCCUGGGCCCCCAGCCAUCACCCCCUUCCUCUGGGAUUUGCUCCUUCAUCUGCUUCUGUGCGUUUUCUCAAGGAAAGGGGACGUUGUCCUGAGAAAUCAGCAUGUUCACCAAAGUGCCAGUGGGCCUGUCAUGUGUGGGGUGGGAGGGAAGAGA